CUGGAGGCGGGUGGCGGGAAGUGCACUAGGUUUGAAAUCGGAAAGUUGGCGGGGCUGUGGGAGCUGCGUCUGGAGCUCGGCUGUUGGCUAGAGUGGGCGCUUAUCUGGUGUGGGGAAGGCGGCAGGACUCAGGCCUGCCUGCGAAGCAUUGUCCUACAUAAUGGUAGAGGAUGAACUGGCACUGUUCGAUAAAAACAUAAAUGAAUUUUGGAAUAAAUUCAAAAGUACGGACACCUCCUGUCAGAUGGCGGGACUAAGAGAUACCUACAAGGACUCCAUCAAAGCAUUUGCAGAAAAGCUGUCUGUGAAAUUAAAGGAAGAAGAACGAAUGGUUGAGAUGUUUCUGGAAUAUCAAAAUCAGAUCAGCAGGCAAAAUAAGCUCAUUCAAGAAAAAAAGGAUAACUUGUUAAAAUUGAUUGCUGAAGUAAAAGGCAAAAAGCAGGAAUUGGAAGUACUGACUGCAAAUAUCCAGGAUCUUAAGGAAGAAUAUUCUAGGAAGAAGGAAACUAUUUCUACUGCUAAUAAAGCGAAUGCAGAGAGGUUGAAAAGGCUGCAGAAAUCUGCAGACUUGUAUAAAGAUCGACUUGGACUAGAAAUUCGAAAAAUUUAUGGUGAGAAAUUGCAGUUUAUAUUCACUAAUAUUGACCCUAAGAAUCCUGAGAGCCCAUUUAUGUUUUCCCUGCAUCUAAAUGAAGCAAGGGACUAUGAAGUGUCAGAUAGUGCCCCUCAUCUUGAGGGCCUAGCAGAAUUUCAAGAGAAUGUAAGGAAGACCAACAAUUUUUCAGCUUUUCUUGCCAAUGUUCGGAAAGCUUUUACUGCCACGGUUUAUAAUUAAGGCUCUGCUUGACCCCGUUGUAGGCCUGCUGUGCUCUGUUGCCACCCAAAUCCAGAGGAAAAAGACAUCUAAGUCCUCACCGCUAUUGUCUACCAGAUAACUCUGUGACUUCAGGCAAGCAGCUGAACCCACCUUGGACUCAGUCUCUUUCUGUGACACCAGGGGUUAUACUGGAUCAUCCCUAGGGUCUCCUAGAAUUCGGAAACUCUAGGAACCAAGGAACCUCUUCCUUGUCUGUCUCCACCCAUCCAUGUUUUAUCUGACUGUUUCAAGCUAAUAAUCAUGAAUGCAAAGUGCUGUGACAUGCAGGUAAAACUCCAUCCAUUUCAAAAGAAAACCCUGUAAAGAUAAUAGCACUUUAUUCUUAUUUGAACCACACUGUAUUGUUGGUUACAGAGUGUGAAGGUAGUAUGUUCAGAGUCUUGUUUUAUGCCUUUGUAGCUGUGUUGCCAGCAUUUGAAGGUAACUCCUCCACAUAAGCAGCAGGAAAAUGGCCUUUUUUCCCAUUCAAAGAUCCAAACCACCAUCCUUCUUCUUUUUUCUCAUGUAUAAUCACAAUGUCACCUGUGAAAAUACACAGUUAAGACAAACGGGUCUCUGCAAUGUGAACACAUGCCUCGGCCCGAUUGAUAAGAGUUUUAAGGAGGUUCUGCUUCAAGGAGUUACUUGGUAGUGUCAUUUUCUGCACUUGAUUCAGAUGAAGCCAAAUGUAUCAAACACCUGUGUAUAAAGCAGGCAUAAUCCAGAGGAUACUAAAAAGAGUAAGAUAAUGAACAACUGAGAUAAAAUAAUUGCUUAAAAACAGGAUUGGCCGGAUGUGGUGGCUCACGCCUGUAAUC